UGCCCCGCCUCCCCAGCCUGGGUCUGCCGGUCUCUGGCGCCCGCAGCCUUUCCCCGAAUCGGCAGCGCUCAGCUGGGAGAGAACAUGUUCACGGUGCUGACCCGCCAACCGUGUGAGCAAGCAGGCUUCAAAGCCCUCUCCCGAACUCCAACCAUCAUCGCCUUGAUAGUCCUGCUUGUGAGUGUUGUGGUGCUUCUGGCUGUCACGCUUAUCCAAAUCUACAACCAAGAAGUCUUUCCUCCGGGACUGAAGUAUGGAAUCGUGCUGGACGCUGGGUCUUCCAGAACCACCAUCUACGUCUAUCAGUGGCCAGCAGAGAAGGAGAAUGACACCGGAGUGGUCAGUGAGACCUUCAAAUGCAAAGUGAAAGGCUCUGGGAUCUCCAGCUAUGGGAAUAACCCCCAAGAUAUCCCUGCAAUCUUUGAGGACUGCAUGCUCAAAGUCAAGGGGCAGAUUCCAACCCAUCAGCACCAGUCCACCCGCAUCCACCUGGGAGCCACGGCUGGGAUGCGCUUGCUGAGGUUGAAAAAUGAAACAGAAGCUAAUGAAGUCCUUGCAAGCAUCCAAAGCUACUUCAAGUCCCAGCCCUUUGAUUUUAGGGGUGCUCAAAUCAUUUCUGGGCAAGAGGAAGGGGUAUAUGGAUGGAUUACAGCCAACUAUUUAAUGGGAAAUUUCCUGGAGAAGAACCUGUGGCAUAUGUGGGUGCAUCCAUAUGGAGUGGAAACCACAGGUGCCCUGGAUUUAGGUGGUGCCUCCACCCAGAUAGCCUUCGUUCCAGGAGAGAGGGUGAGGAUGAAGACCAAUGACAUCGUGCAGGUGUCCUUGUACGGCUACACGUACACGCUCUACACCCACAGCUUCCAGUGUUACGGCCGCAAUGAGGCUGAGAAGAGGUUUCUGGCAAUGCUCCUGCAGAAUUCUUCCUAUGCAACCAAUGUCACCAAUCCCUGCUACCCUUGGAAUUAUAGCACCACCUCCACCAUGGGUGCCAUAUUUGACAGUCUGUGCACAAUGAAGCAGAGGCCAGCAAGUUACAACCCCAAGGACAUUAUCACUUUUGAAGGAACUGGGGACCCACUGCUGUGUAGGGAAAAGGUGGCUUCCGUAUUUGACUUCAAAGCUUGCCGACAUGGACAAGCCUGUUCCUUUGAUGGAAUUUAUCAGCCAAAGGUUCACGGGCCAUUUGUGGCUUUUUCAGGAUUCUACUACACAGCCAGUGCUUUAAAUCUUUCAGGGAGCUCUUCUCUGGAAGACUUCAACUCAAGCACCUGGUAUUUCUGCUCACAGGAUUGGAGUCAGCUCCAACUCCUGCUUCCCAAAUUUAAUGAAGUAUAUGCCCGCUCCUACUGCUUCUCAGCCCACUAUAUCUACCACUUGCUUGUAAAUGGAUACAAAUUCACAGAGGACAUCUGGCCCCAAAUAAAUUUUGAAAAUGAAGUGGGGAACAGCAGCAUAGCCUGGUCUCUCGGCUACAUGCUCAGCCUGACCAACCAGAUCCCAGCUGAAAGUCCCCUGAUCCACCUGCCCAUAGAGCCACCUGUCUUUGUGGGCCUCCUUGCCUUCUUCGCAGCAGCAGCCUUGUUAUGUCUGGUGUUCCUUUUGUACCUGUGUUCUGUGUCCAGGACAAAGAAGCACUCUGUGCACGCCUUUGACCAUGCAGUGGAUUCUGAGUGAGCCUUCAGAGCAGGUCCUGGAGCCCAAGCCGGCCCAGACCAGCUUGGGAGGCCCCAGGCAAGCAAGCAAAGUGGCUGCCCUUGGAAACACACAGAAGUCAAAUGCCUAGGUCAUGUGCCUCUCAGAUUCUGAUUUCUGCCAAAGCACCUCGUAGGGAGCCCCUUGGCUGUUCUGUCUCAUUGCUCCUCUACAGACCCCCUGCCCACUUGGUUAUCUGUUGGGGAACAGAGGAAAGGCAGGCUGUCAAGGUCAGGCUCUUUAUUCCAAGUGCCACAAAGGAAGAGUAAGUCGAGAAUAUAACAGUUUCACAUUUAAGAAUUGACCUCAGGGUUCAGUUUCCACUUUGCCUCCCUCAAUAUUUUUCCUGGCAAGAUGCUUACUCAGCAUCUGGCCCAGCCAGGUCAUGCAUUUCAUAGCUUCCUUCUGUUGUCCUUAAGACUUUCUUUGAGCAAUCCCAUGAGCACUGAGCUCCCUCAGACUGGUAGAGUAUGGUAUCUGAGGGACAGGACCCCUUCACCCUGAGGACAGUGGCCACAGCCAGGCUUCUGGUAUGCGGGCAAAACCUGCAGAAUAGACCCAUAGAAAGUCUUCCAGAAAACUGCAGGCCAUUCUCAAAGUGGAAAUUACACUCAAGUCUCUGCUCAUAAGACAGCAACCUGUGGGAAUAUCAUCAUCUUCAUCUCACCACCAUGUUGCUGUGUCCACUUGUAAAAUACACUGACUCCUCACGAGGUGACUGCACUCCAGACCUUACAGCUGUGCUAGGCUUCUGCUUAGGGUUGCUUUCUACUGUUACCAUGGCAUCCCCUUAGUUUGUCUGCCACUCCUGCAGGUGUGCUUGAUGCCAUCCUAAGAUGUCCUAGUCUAUGAUUUUCUUACCAAUUACUUUCCUGGACAAAGGCCUUUCUGCACAGUAGCCAUAGGUCUUGACUUCGGGGAAAUAACAGGAAGCUGCAGGAAUAUUUGCCUCCAAAGUGGGAUGAGAAAGAACUCAGGCAAGUCCAAUGGCUACCAACUAAAAAUCAAGAUUGUUUCAGAUUGCUGUUUGUUAAU